CUCCCGGAGGUCGAGUGGAAAUUUUCUAAGCGACACUCGAAUCCCCCUCACGAUCUUUACCGAGCGAUUCCGGAGCGCAUUCCAAAGAAACCGUGGGACUCCUCGGUGUCUCGCAACACUUAAAUUUGACGCUGAAUUCGUUCCAUCAACGCCGGCCGUCCAAAGUCUAUUUAUUCACCGAUCACGCUCGCGGUUGGCUGAUAAAAAAAAUUUACUUCCACGACGUGAUGCAACGCGCGCUCGACGAAAAGUAAACAAUAGAAUUAGCGCGUAGGCCGAGUGCCUGGAGAGAGGGCAGAAACAGUGAGUCAGAAAAAGAGGGACAGAGAGAAAGACAAGACGCGUUAUCUAAGCGGUAUUUCGAGCGACGCGAGGCCCGGCGACGCGUUUUAAAAAGAGGCGUCGUUUCGUCGCGGACGAAUUGCUUCGUACGCAGAAGGGACUGGGCGACUUUUUGAAUGCGGCGGUGUCUAACCUCGACUGGCCGUACGCGCGCAGCGCAAGCAUGAAAAUCGACUUACGGUGGGUCGUUUGAUCAGUGACGCGAAGGAGGGUGGAUCGGUUCUUUUCAGCGACGGGGGCCGCACGCACGAUCGAGAUAGAUCCGUGUCUCGCGAGUCGAUCGAUGUAACGGCGUGGCGGACGAAGCCGAGAAAAAUGUGCGACAAGUAUGUCAUCGGUUAUUGGGUGUCGGAGAGGAAGCGGCAGAAAUUCAAUUGGACCGACUUCGAGAACGUCUGCGAGAGCGCGGGCUUCCAGCUGAAAAUGAUCGAUGUGAAUUCAAGCCUGGAAAAGCAGGGACCACUACACGUUUUUCUACACAAACUGACGGACACGCAGUCGCACGCGGAGAGCGGUGACAAGAAUGCCGAAGAUAUAGUGUCGAGACUCCAGGAGUACAUUGCCAAACAUCCGGAUCUGAUCGUCAUCGAUCCUCUGGACAAUAUUAGGAACUUGCGCAACCGGUGUACAUCUUAUGAAUUUAUACAAGAAGGUCUUAGGUUUAGCGAUGUAUUUACUCCGAACUUCGUAGAAAUCAAGAGCAGAGAUGUUCACGAAGUAGCGUCAACAUUGAAGAAACGUGGCAUUAAGUAUCCAUUUGUCUGUAAACCACUUAUCGCAUACGGCUUCAGCGAUGCGCAUAAGAUGAUGAUCAUCUUCAACGAAAAGGACUUGAAAGACUGUCAACCGCCCUGCGUCGCUCAGGACUUCAUCAAUCACAACGCUAUUUUGUACAAGCUGUUCGUCGUAGAUGAGCGUUUUCACGUGGUGGAGCGGCCCAGCCUGAAGAACUUUUACCAAGAAGACUGUAAUUCGUUAAGUACAAUAUUCUUCGACUCGCACGAUAUAUCGAAAAGCGGCAGCAAGUCCAAGUGGUCGAUCCUUUCCGAAGAAGACAUUCCUUUAACCAUGAAGCCAAAUUACCAAGUAUUCGAGACGAUCGUCAAAAGCAUCAGGGAGAUAUUCGGUCUCACGCUAGUCGGGAUAGACGUUGUGAUCGAGAAUCACACCGGGAAGUACGCGAUCAUAGACGUGAAUGUGUUUCCCGGGUACGACGGUUAUCCGAACUUCUUCGAGCACUUGAUAGACAGCGUUAGGAAACUGUUGGUGGAGCAAGGAGCGUGCAGGCAGAGUCCCAAGGGCUGCACGUUGAAGAAGUGUCAAAGCGACGACCUGGAUUCCGGCUUCGAGAGCGACGAGAAGAGGAAGUGUUCCACGAAAUAAGCGCGCGUUUUUCUAACACGUUGACCGCCAUCAUAUGGUGGUGGUCCCGCCGGUGGUCUCAUUGAUUAAAUACAUGGUCGAUAUGGAAUAAGAUAAAACUAGCUAACCAACGCAUGUGCUUAAAGAUAUACAUUUACCUUAACUUUGGUUAAUCGUUACUUUAAUCGGUCUGUGGAAAUCAGCAUGAUGGCAGUCAAUGUGUUAACGAUGAUAUAUCCGAAUUAGGCUGUUAGAAUUCCAAUUCCAAUGAUAUCUGUCGAUUGUUUCGAGCGCGUUUAUACCUUUUUCUAAUGAAGCGAAACCCACUCGCAAUUUUUCCAGUGAACAUGCGAUAUUUUCGGUGUUUCUGUUAUGAUGUAUCACGUUUUUAGCGCGUUCGCUUAUUCAAUAGGAUGGAGAGGAGGAGAGGAAAUGUUCCACGAAAUAAGCACGCGAUUGCGUAAUAUUUAAUUCUACCUUUUCGCUGCGGAAACCAAAAGUGCUCGCUGUGUGCGGCACGAUAUUCGAUUGUGCGACGUUGAGGCGGAAUAAUAAAGAAAAUUCUAACUGAAAGAUUCAUAUACAUAUAUACAAACAAGAUGGAUAUACAGCGUCCGCAAAUGAGGAGCGAUUCUCCACAACGUAUGUAUAUUAUAUGUUGAGAAGCUACUUUUCGGCGACUUACAUGCGUCGUAUGCAGCAAAGGGGUCGAGCUGUUAGGAUUACGGUUGGUCAUGAUAUUGUCGCGAACGUGUCUCUAUAUAAUAUUUUCAUAAGCAAGCAAAAUUGUCGGGCUCUUUCUCGCGAUAUUUCUGAAUUAUCAUGAAUAUACAAUGGUUUCCGUUACGAUAAAUCGGGCACGUUCGGCACGUUUGUUCACUUCAUGAAACUUAUGCAUUUGAUCGCGAAAACUCGAAUCCUAUAUUUGUAUUUUGUAAUAAAUUCCAUAGUACAAUAUGACGACUAUAUGUAUGUAUAUAUAUACAUAUAUAUACAUAUAUAUAUACGACUGCCAGAGAAGAUAUUUUGUACGUUUUACGUAUACAUACAGUUUUGCAUUUCUGCAUCGACGUUAUUAUAUAUGGCUGAAUUGUUGAAGAUUUUGUAUGUACAUCAUGUAAAACACAGCGAUACGGAGCGCAUAUUAAGAUAGAGAAACAAUCGGAAUUAUUUGUCAUAUUUUUCUUCUUGAUGUUAGUGAGAUAUUUUCGUUAUUUUUUAGCGGUCAUGAGAUAAUAAGAGCCGUAUAAUUCUUGUUUAAUGGUUUUAGGGAUAUUAAUGGCGUUCUGGAGAAAUAUCACGCGCUUGUAACUUUCUUUCGAUCAUUAAACCGAUUGUUUCUAAAUAUCCGAAACAUUAGUAAUAAGUAUGGUAACUCCUGUAACAUACACACAUAUAUACGUAUAUUUUAUUCAGUUCUGUUGUAUGAUAUGGAAUUUGAUAUGUAAAAUUUAAACUGUAUACUCUUAUUUAUAUGUACAUAUAUUUUAUAUGAAUAGAUUGUACAGAAAUGGGAGGAGAACAUUUCUUGUCUCGAGUUGCUAUUUUGUUCUGAUCAGUCGUAAACAGAAAUAAAUGCGUCGAAUAAGA